CUUUGCCUUGCCCAGUCCAUGGAAAGGCAGCCGGCUGCAAGCGUCCCUGGAUCUUUCCCUGUCGGGGGGCUCUGAUCUCGGGAUCUGGGCGCUGCUGCCGCCGUUGUUAUUGUCUCCAGGGGGCAUACUUGGCUGCCCACGAAGGGCUUGGCUGGCCGAGUGACCGCCUGGGCUGCUGAGUUGCUUCAACCUUUUCCCACUGGCGGGUUACCUGGACUAAGCAAAGCAGAGUCGGGCAGGUUGUGGCUUCGGCUCCGAGGAGUGGGAGGGCAACGGAUCAGGCCCGGUUUCCCCUUUGAUCCUGCGUGCUUUGCCUGGGCUUUAAAGCAAAACGGAGAUCCGUCCGGGGCUCUGAAAGAGAUGUCUUCCGCAGCAUCGCGCCUCCCUCGGCUGCUGCCCUGAGACUGCUGCGUGGCUGCUGUUGGGAUUCGAGGUUUUUUGGAUUCUCUUCGCCCGCGCGCCUCCCCCGUUCUGUCCGGAGAGAAGGCGAGCAUGCUGGCCUCAGGGAGAGAGCGUUCGCGGCACUUUUGGCUGCUGCUCCUUGGGUUGUGGAGCGUCACGCUUUGGCUGCAUACUGAAGGAUGUCCAAGUAAAUGUACCUGCUCUGGGUCCAAUGUGGAUUGCCACGGACUGGGACUCAAAACGGUGCCCCGAGGCAUUCCCAGGAAUGCAGAGAGACUUGACUUAGACAGAAACAACAUUACAAGGAUUACAAAGGUGGAUUUUGCUGGGCUGAAGAAUCUUCGUGUUCUGCAUUUGGAAGAGAAUCUAAUUAGUGUAAUAGAACGUGGAGCAUUUCAGGAUCUAAAGCAACUUGAACGGCUGCGGCUGAACAGAAAUAAACUUCAAGUUCUUCCAGAGCUCCUUUUUCAGAACACGCUGAAGUUAACCAGACUGGACUUAAGUGAAAACCAGAUUCAAGGCAUCCCAAGGAAAGCUUUUCGAGGAAUUACUGAUGUGAAGAAUUUGCAACUGGACAACAAUCAAAUCAGCUGCAUUGAAGAUGGAGCCUUCCGAGCCCUGCGUGACUUGGAGAUUCUUACCCUCAAUAACAACAACAUCACUCGCAUCCCUCUUACCAGCUUCAACCAUAUGCCAAAGAUCAGGACCCUAAGACUUCAUUCCAAUUAUUUAUACUGUGAUUGCCACCUGGCUUGGCUUUCUGAUUGGCUGCGUCAGAGGCGAACAGUUGGACAGUUCACGUUCUGCAUGGCACCCGUUCAUCUGAGGGGGUUUAAUGUUGCUGAUGUUCAGAAAAAAGAAUAUGUCUGUUCAGGUUCACAUGCUGAACCUCCAUCCUGCAAUGCCAAUUCCAUCAGUUGCCCAUCUGCUUGCACUUGUAGCAACAAUAUUGUUGACUGCCGAGGAAAGGGGUUAACUGAAAUCCCAGCCAACCUGCCGGAGAGUAUUGUGGAAAUCCGCUUGGAGCAGAACUCUAUCAAAAACAUUCCUCCUGGAACUUUCUCUCAGUACAAGAAGCUUAAAAGAAUUGAUAUCAGCAAGAAUCAAAUAUCAGAUAUUGCAUCAGAUGCUUUUCAGGGCUUGAAAUCUCUCACCUCACUAGUGCUGUAUGGAAAUAAGAUCACAGAGAUUCCCAAGGGCCUUUUUGAUGGGCUUGUGUCUCUGCAGUUGCUGCUUCUCAAUGCCAAUAAGAUCAACUGCCUGAGAGUAAACACUUUUCAAGAUCUGCAUAAUCUCAAUUUGCUAUCUCUUUAUGACAAUAAGCUACAGACUAUCAGUAAAGGGCUUUUUGCCCCUCUUCAGUCAAUUCAAACUCUGCAUUUAGCUCAGAAUCCAUUUGUGUGCGACUGUCAUUUGAAGUGGCUGGCUGAUUACCUGCAGGAUAAUCCAAUAGAAACCAGCGGCGCUCGAUGCAGCAGCCCACGUCGCCUUGCCAACAAACGAAUCAGCCAGAUCAAGAGCAAGAAGUUCCGUUGCUCAGGUUCAGAAGACUACAGGAGUAAGUUCAGUGGGGAGUGCUUCAUGGACCUUGUCUGUCCUGAAAAGUGCCGCUGUGAGGGAACAAUUGUAGACUGUUCUAAUCAAAAGCUCAUUCGACUCCCCAGUCACCUUCCAGAAUAUACCACAGACCUGCGUUUACAUGAUAAUGACAUUUCUGUGCUGGAAGCGACUGGAAUAUUCAAGAAACUCCCCAGCCUAAGGAAGAUAAACCUGAGUAACAACAAGAUAAAGGAGAUUCGUGAAGGCACUUUUGAUGGGGCAGCAGGAGUUCAGGAACUGAUGUUGACAGGGAACCAGCUGGAAUCUGUGCAUGGACGAAUGUUUAGAGGUCUCACAGGGCUCAAGACACUGAUGCUCAGAAGCAACAUCAUCAAUUGUGUAAACAAUGAUACAUUCACAGGAUUGAGCUCAGUAAGAUUACUUUCUCUGUAUGACAAUCGCAUUACUACAAUCACGCCUGGAGCCUUCAAUACACUUGUAUCUCUAUCUACAAUUAAUUUGCUGUCUAAUCCAUUUAACUGUAACUGCCACUUGGCGUGGUUGGGGAAAUGGUUAAGGAAGAGGAGGAUUGUCAGUGGAAAUCCACGUUGCCAGAAACCAUUUUUCUUGAAAGAAAUUCCAAUUCAGGAUGUGGCUACACAGGACUUCACAUGUGACGGUAAUAUUGAAAGUAGCUGUCAUUUCUCUCCACGUUGUCCAGACCAAUGUUCCUGUGUUGACUCCGUAGUUCGCUGCAGCAACAAGGGGUUGCGUUUCCUACCUAAAGGUGUUCCAAAAGAUGUGACUGAACUAUAUCUGGAAGGAAACCAUUUAUCUGCUGUGCCAAAGGACCUCUCCAUGUUCAGACACCUGACACUAAUUGACUUAAGCAACAACAGCAUUGGCAUGUUGGCCAAUUACACCUUCAGUAAUAUGACACAGCUAUCAACACUGAUCUUGAGCUACAACAGACUACGGUGUAUCCCAGUCCAUGCAUUCAAUGGGCUUAAGUCUCUCAGGGUGCUGACUCUUCACGGCAAUGAUAUUUCCAGUGUUCCUGAGGGGUCUUUUAAUGAUCUUGUAUCACUUUCUCAUCUGGCACUUGGUACCAACCCUUUGCACUGUGACUGCAACCUGCGCUGGCUUUCUGAAUGGGUGAAGGCAGGUUACAAAGAGCCAGGAAUUGCACGGUGUAGCAGUCCAGAUGACAUGGCAGACAGACUGUUGCUUACAACACCAACCCACCACUUUCAGUGCAAAGGAGUUGUCGAUAUCAGUAUUGUAUCCAAGUGUAACCCUUGCCUAUCCUAUCCCUGUAAAAACAAUGGGACUUGCAGCAAUGAUCCACUGGAUUUUUAUCGAUGCACUUGCCCAUUUGGCUACAAGGGUCAAGACUGCAGCACACCCAUUAAUGCCUGCAUUCAGAAUCCAUGCCAGAAUGGAGGUACCUGCCAUCUCACUGACGCAAAUCAAGAUGGAUUCAGUUGUUCCUGCCCUAUUGGAUUUGAGGGGGGGAAAUGUGAAAGUAAUCCAGAUGACUGUGAAGAUAAUGAUUGUGAGAACAACUCAACUUGCAUGGAUGGGAUAAACAAUUACGCCUGCCUCUGUCUCCCUAACUAUACAGGGGAGCUGUGUGAUGAAGUGAUCAACCAUUGUGUACCUGAGCUAAAUCCUUGCAAACAUGACUCCAAAUGUAUAUCUUUUGACAAAGAAUACAGAUGUGAAUGCUUACCUGGCUACAGUGGAAAACAUUGUGAAAUUGAUGACGAUGAUUGUGUGGGACACAAAUGUCGCCAUGGUGCAUUGUGUGUAGAUGCUGUCAAUGGAUACACCUGCAUUUGUCCUCAAGGAUUCAGUGGACUCUUCUGUGAAAAUCCUCCACCGAUGGUUCUGCUCCAGACAAGCCCUUGCGAUUACUAUGAAUGCCAAAACGGAGCUCAGUGCAUUGUAGUACACCAGGAACCCGUCUGUCGUUGCCUGGCUGGUUUUGCUGGACAGAAGUGUGAGAAACUCAUUACUGUCAAUUUUGUUGGAAAAGAUUCCUACGUUGAGCUGCCACCAGCCAAAAUCCGCCCUCAAGCAAAUAUCUCCCUUCAAGUAGCAACAGAUAAAGACAACGGCAUCUUAUUAUACAAAGGGGACAAUGAUCCUCUGGCUUUAGAGUUGUAUCAAGGCCAUGUGAGGCUUAUCUAUGACACACUGAAUGCUCCACCCACAACUAUAUACAGUGUGGAAACAGUAAAUGAUGGACAAUUUCACAGUGUGGAGCUGGUAAUGUUGAACCAAACGUUGAACUUGGUUGUAGAUAAAGGUGCUCCCAAGAGCCUUGGCAAACUGCAGAAACAGCCAGUAGUUGAUCAAGACACUCCACUCUACAUUGGAGGCAUUCCUACAUCUACGGGACUGUCUUCAUUGCGGCAGGGCACAGAGAGGACGACCAGUGGUUUCCAUGGGUGCAUUCAUGAUGUUCGUAUUAAUAAUGAACUGCAGGAUUUCAAGGAUCUACCACAUCAGUCAGUAGGAGUCCUUCCCGGUUGCAAGUCCUGUAACAUCUGCAAGCAUGGCAUCUGUCGCUCUAUUGAGAAGACAAGUGUUGUCUGCGAGUGCCACCCAGGCUGGACAGGAUCCCUAUGUGACCAAGAAGUUAAAGAUCCCUGUCACAAUAGCAAAUGCCUACAUGGUAAAUGCAUAGCCACCACCUCUUCUUAUGUGUGUAAGUGUAUGGAAGGUUACAUGGGCAUGUAUUGCGACAAAAAGAAUGAUUCCUCCAACUCCUGCAGAGUUCUGAAAUGUAGCCACGGGCAGUGUAAGAUCUCAGCAUAUGAGGAGCCCUACUGUGAAUGUGAUCCAAAUUACACCGGCGAGCACUGCGAUAGAGAGAAUCCAUGCCAAGGAGAGAUUAUCCGUGAAUUCAUUCGGAAGCAACAAGGUUCCAUCUCAUGCGUCUCCAUGGCCAAAGUACCUCGUGUGGAAUGUCAUGGCAGCUGUGGAAAUGAUCAGUGCUGCAUUGCCCUCCGGAGCAAAAGGCGGAAAUAUGGCUUCCAGUGUGUGGAUGGCUCAUCCUUCACAGAAGAGCUAGAGAGGCAUGUGGAAUGUGGCUGUGCAAAGUGUUUAUAAACAGCUGAUCAGCCUCUUUGCCCUUUUGUAUCAACUCAGAUGUGCGAUCAAAAACAGGACCUAUUUACUUUUAAGUGAAGAAGAGAAUAUUAAGUAUAUUGUAAAAUAAGCAAAAAACAGAAGUUAUUUUUAUUAUGAAAAGUGACUAUUUUCAUCUUUUAUUAUAUAAAGUAUCUGACCGUUUUGGGUAUAUGUAUCAUAUAGUGAGUUAUAUUUACUAUGGAUUUUUUUACAGUUGUAAAAAAAAUUGGAAAAAUUAUUCCAAGCCUAAACACAGGGAUUAAAAACAGAGUAUAGUUGAUAAGCUUUGCACGAUGGCCAGAUGUGAAGAUAAUUCAAAGAAUCUGCCACAGAAAUAGUGAAAAUAAUCAUGAAAGAUGCCAGAUCGAUGCACAUCUAAGAGUAAUAGCUCUCAGGCAUCGUUCCUGUCCAGGCAUACUCGGUAAAUAUUCCUUUCAGCUCAUGGAACUGCUGGUUGUGUUUGUCACUGUUGUGGAUCCAUUUGAUAUCAUUGCCAAAACACACCACGACGCUGCCGUAGCUUGGGCCUUACGCACAGAUAUUAUGCACGUAUUAAUGCAAUGGUAAUAGUAAAAUGUUUGUCUUCUAUGUAUGAUUGAUUCACACACAAUUGUGUUUAGAAUAAGUUAAUUUUACUGUGUAGCAUGGCCACUCUUGCAAAAGGCAAAUUUAGGAAAGAAAGGUGGUGUUUCUAGCAGAUGGAAGGUAAGCAGUGUGUAACAUUUAAUCAACAACAGAGGAGAUAAUCCUGUUACUUGGCACAUUCUUCCCUUCCCUUCCAGCACAUGAAGCAACAUCACCACUUGCUGAUCCUCUUGGCUCCCAUUCUGCAUGCACAGCAUAUUGCAUACAUUUUCUUAUGCAAGGGAAGGACCAUAAGGAAAUAUCUUGUAGAGGCAACUUCCUCUAACUCCAGAUUACUUUAUGGUUUAGAUUGCAGAAAUGCAAAGGAUGCUCUGAAAUAUGCCUUACCAGACUAUGACAAUCCAUUUUAAAAUUCCUAGGUUCCUUACUGUAGGAGCAUUUAACUUACUCCAAGGGUUCUACCACAGUGCCCAUUAAGUAUAUUGCCCCUUUCAAUCAGUUCCUGCACAUGCUGAAUGUAAAACUAUAAAGUAAUGCAGAUUAAUUGUUGUAAACUGCCCAGAGAGCUUCAGCUAUGGGGCGGUAUACAAAUGCAAUACAUAAAUAAAUGACAAAUCCAUCUUUAGGUUCAAGUCCAGCUGACGCAGCCUGAAAUAGCCUCUGCAUGGCAGUUGAUUCAUAUGGUGUGGAAUGUGUCAACUUAUAGAUUAUGUACAUACCACUGCCAGAUAUUUCUGGGGGCUGCAGGCAUUGGCAAUAGCAAUGAAUGUCUUCAUGUGAUAGCAGUGGUCCACAUGGUAUGUUAUACCUGCCAUGUGUGAACAGCCACUAAAACUGUAUCAUGCAGUUUCCACAAGGGGGAGGGGGUCAUCACACAGAAACCAGUCUUUAAAAUGGAGCUUUGGAGAGGGAAACAUUAACGAUUGUUGACCACCAUGACUACCUUUGACAACCACAUCUGAUCUAUUCUUUCAAGUCCCUUUUCCCCCACCCCCUUUGUUCUGUUUAGGAGUGUAGUAGUAUAAGGACAGCCUAUAAUUCCAAGAAGACAUGGAUGAGACAAAGUGGAGUAUUCAAAGGUGCCUGGGAGAACUAGGUCUCCACAUUCCAGUAUGAUCCUGAAAUCCUGGCAAAAUCCCCUGAACUUGGAAUUGAGUGUUCACAGCAGAGGAUAUCCAUAUUUCUUGAGAGCAAUGUAUUCAUAUGUUUGCCUUUAAAAACAGCCAUGGGAGUGAUUCACACUAGUGGCCAGCACAACCUCUCCAAAAAGAACAGAUUUGUAUCAUGCCACAAACAUUUUACUCCUUUUUUCAGAUUUCAGAAGUCUGAAAAUGCUUAAGAGUCUUUAUACUAAUUACAGUCUUCUGAAAGCCACAAUAGUUUGUUCAGAUUUCCUUAUGUAUUCUCAGGAUAAUUUCAGGCAGGAGGGAAAUGACUGAUACAAUAGUUGCCUUUCAGAAUAAAUAGUAGUACAUGGAGCCUGCAAUCAGUGAAACGUAAAACAAUCACUAGUUACUUUGCCAAAAACUGAUUGAAAUAAUACAGUUCAGGAGCUGGUGGGGGAGAAAAGGCCACUAUAGAGAGUGGGGUUUGUUAUUUUGAGCACAAUAUGUGAUCCUAGAAGCAGCUGGAAUUUAUAAUAUAGAAAUGUACCACAAUCUGCAGAGACCAAAAGUUUGCAAAAACAAAUGCAACAACACUCUCUUGUGUGAACAAGACUUUGGCACAACCCCCCUUUUUUAAUAUUUAUUCUUUUUGAUGGCAUCUGUUACCCAAGAAGCUAUUGCCUUAGUUGCAGAGAAUGGAAAUCCAGUCAGAAUAGACCAAUCAUAGACUUGUAAUGCUACUAAAAGCUAUACACUGCCAAGAAAGCAGGAAAAUAAUUAUUUUAAGCUAGUUGCAAUGUAAAGAAAGGAGAUAUAAUCUCCACAUGUGUCUUCUUUAAGUACAUCUUAUUAGACAAGGUAAAAAAAGCCAUCAUCGUUUUGUGAAAUAAGUCCAACAAUGCUUCCACGAUUGACAGGCUGAGCAAGAACUAGCCACAGUAGAGUGAGGCUGGCAGUGUUCCAUCAGUACAUAUUUGGACUAUGCAGUGAUUUUAAAGACACUUUAUUUGUUUUCUACCAUUAGACGGUUUAUACUGUACUAUAUUUCAACUAUAUGAUAUGGAAUCCUUUGUUUUGUUUUUAAGUGCCAAAAGGUCUAUGAAGUAAGUUUUAAAAGUGUUAAUUAGAUCUCUCUAAACUCUAAAUGCGGUACGUUUCGGCUAUUGUAAAUGGAACACAGUAGCUUACUUUAAAAAAAAUAAUAUAAAGAAAGAUGCUAACCCUAUAAAAAUUGUACAUUGGCAAUGUGGAUUGAUUUUGUGUAUUUUACUAGAU